UGUGCGUUGUUUGUUUUGAAGUCAGCUGACAGCAUCUAGGACCCCUUACAGAACCUUCAUACAAGAUUCAUUUUACCAAGAGUGGACAACCUGGACAGGACAAGGUAUUCAGAUUCAGAUGUCUGGAGAAAUUUUCUUCCCUUUGGAUAAUCUUUAUGACCUGGACAGUGCCAACUGCCACCCUCUGGUGUGCCAUUUGUGCCAAGAACAAUAUGAGCAUCCAUGUCUACUGGACUGCUAUCACACCUUCUGUGCCAGCUGUCUGCGUGGUAGGGUAGUGGAAAGCCGGCUGAUCUGCCCCCUCUGUGGACAUCAGUCUAUUGUGAAAGGGAUAAAUGCUCUCCCCCCAGAAGAUCGACUACUAAAGUUCUUGUUGGACAGCUCAGCAGACAGCGAGGAGACUGUGCAGUGUGCUAACUGUGAUCUGGAGUACAAGAAACAGGAUGUGGAUGCAAUGUAUUAUUGCAACACUUGUUGUCAGCCGCUGUGCAGAGACUGCAGGGAAACCACCCAUAAAGCCAAGAUGUUCGCCUGCCACGAGAUUGUCUCCCUUGCAAAGCGCACCAAAGAAGCCCACAAAAAAUGUGCUCUCCAUGGGGAACUCUACAUCAUGUUUUCUACAGAGAAGAAAUCCAUGCUCUGUAUCAACUGCUUCAGAGACAUGCAAGUGGAGAGCAGAGCACACUGCAUUGAUAUUGAGACAGCAUAUAUACAAGGGUGUGAAAAACUGGACCAAGCCGUCUUAGCUGUUAAGGAGCUUCAGACAUCAGCACGAGAGGCGAUCGCUCUGCUCAAAGCCAUGAUAGGAGAGGUCAGGACCAAUGUGGAUGAAGAGGAGAGCGCCAUCUGCACUCUGUUCAAUAACAUGCAGGAAAAGCUGGCAGAGAGAAAAAAAAUGCUACUCAAAGCAGCACUAAGUCAGCAUGAAGAGAAGGAAAGAGCUUUUAAAGAGCAGUUAUCUCAUCUUGCUGCACUCCUGCCAACUCUUCAGGUUAAUCUUGUCACUUGUUCUGCCUUCUUAAGCUCAGCCAAUAAAUUUGAGUUCUUAGACAUGGGAUAUCAAUUAAUGGAGAGACUGAAAAAGAUUGUUAAACUACAACACAGACUGAGACCAGCACAGAGCAGUAAGAUAAAUACAGAGUAUCGCUCUGAGUUUGCCCGCUGUCUUGAGCCUCUCUUGCUGUUGGCACAUCGCCGGUCAGUGUCCACUGCAGGAAGCGUGUCAUUAGGUUUGGCAAAUACCAGCGGACAGAUGCAGUCAUCUCUGUCAGUCCAGUGUCAUUCUCCAUCCAUGAGUGACAUGUCUUUAUGCUCUUCUGUGGUGCGCAAGCCGAGCUCACAUCGAUACAUCAGCACCAAGGUUCUGCUGGCGGAGGGGGGAGAGACGCCCUUUAUGGAACACUGCUUCAGCUAUGAGAACAGCUACAGGACUUUGCAGACAGAGAUCCAGAAACUGAAAGACCAGGUGCAGGAGAUUCACAGAGAUCUGACCAAACAUCAUUCCCUCAUAAAAACCGACACCAUGGGUGAGAUUCUGGAAAGAUCUCUACAGGUGGACGAACAGAUCUCUACAGAUUAUUCCUCAGUGGAGUUAACGAGAGCCAUGUUUGAGGAGAUCUGGGAGGAGACGUUGCAGAGGGUGGCGAAUGAACAAGAGAUUUAUGAAGCCCAGCUUCAUGACCUGCUACAGUUAAAACAGGAGAACUUCUGUUUGACCACCAUUGCCCGACAAAUAGGGCCCUACAUUCAGUCUAUAGCAAAAGUGAAAGAACGCCUGGAGCCCAGACUAAAGGAGCCCAAAGAACUACAAGAUGAUCGCACAGAAAUUAUGCUGAAGCUCUAUGAAGACAGCACCUCCACUCCUGACACACAACCCAGUAAUGAACUGUCCUGUAAUGUCGAAGACAACCGGACUCUAAACAGCCUAUCAGAGGAGACCACUCCUAAGAACAAGGAUUACUAUAAGACAAGCAAGCAGAAGAACAUUGACACAGCCAACCGUAAAGAGAUAACACUGUGAAACCAACUUCAUGGAAUUAACCAUGUAUUUAAUAAAAGAUAAAAGUUUUAUAAGCUACAUUAUAAAUUGCUAUUAUCAAGUUACUAUAUAUUAUAGUAUAGUAGAUGAUUUUCUGACCCCGAAUCCUCUUCAAAGGAUGAAAUGUUAAUGUAAUUUACUGUAGUUUGAUAACAAGUGUGUUAUAAUUGACAGUACUUUCAUCUAGUUACACAAUUAUGUUUUAGUAAAAUAAAAGCUUUUGUUAGCUUGAGUGUUUGUGUAGAUUGAGAGUUUAUUUGAAAGGUUUGUUACAUUUUGCUGUAAAUGUCAAUAAUGUAAGCGGUACAGUUGUCAUUCCAGAGGUAGGGUGGUCCUCUCCCAAUAGAUUCUUCACACAGCUCAGCAGAAGCAAAGUGCAACUCUUCCGUUAUAAAAACCUAUUGCAUGUGUUAAAAUGUCCUUCUGUACUCAUAUAUAGUGCUCUUCAUUGGUUGAAAGUGUGCAAGAAAUUACUAGUCUUUAUCCAAUGUCUAUACAAGCUACACCAUGCCUGGAGAAGAGUGGGGCCUUUCUCGCAAGAAUGUAAAAUCAGAAAGAUCAAGACUUUGGAUACAGCGUGCGUUCUGUUGUUCGGCUCUCUUCAAUCUCACCUUCACAGAAACUGACUUUUCUUGUUGAAGUGUCAUGCAAGGAUGAAGGACAAUGAACAGACACGAAUAUGACGAUGAGUUCAUGUGGGAAUGAAGAUAAAGCAGCUAAUGCAAGAGACAGAGUGAGAGCACAAAUCUACACUGGAAGACUUCUUAAAAUAUGUGGGCUGAGACAAACACACGAGUUGUUUGCUCCAUGUCGGAAAACAUCAGGGCUGUAAAGAGCAACAAAUACAGAUGAAUUAAGCCUUUAAUUUAUCAGAUAUGUUUAUUACUCUAAUCGUUAUUUUAAAACUGUUCAACAGUAUUAACAAAUCACAAAUCUUUGGAGAUUGUCACACAUCAGCAUUUAAAAUGUGUAGCCCUAUCAUGACUGGCAGCAUAAGAGUUCAGGCAAACACCUCAAAAGGUUUCCCACACACGAUAAACUAUUUCAGGUCCAUUUAAAGUCGGCGUGAAAUUAAAAAUGAUAAAUCUCAUUGUUUUACACAGUGGUGAAGUAUUUAUUAUAAAUUAUUUAUCCGUGCACAUCUUGUUUUUUUUAAUUAAUUGCACUUGUAAUCUUUAAUCAAAAACUUUAACCUCCCCCCCCUCAAAACGACCACUCUUCACUUCUGGUCAUGAGGGCGGGGCUGCAAUGACUGACAGACUGCAAACUGGCUUUUAAAUCUUUCACCUUU